AUGGAUCCUUCUGUUGUGUCUCGAUUGGAGAAUGUUGCGAAUCGAACGGAGAAUAUAUUGCUGAAAUAUGACUCGAACAAAAAAGAAACUCCGGUCGACGCGACGCCUCAAAUCAUUAAUCUUUAUGACGAUGCGAUCUGUGAGAAUCUCGUCUCGUUUUAUGAUUUAUCUGCAAAAAUUGGAGGAGAUUUGAAUCGCCUUGGAUGCAUGACUAGGAGUCUAUUUUUCACGCAUCGAUAUUUUUUGUGGAUUGCGUGUGGGCGCAAAAAGGCGGACAACGACGAGUUCGCGACUCUUGUGAACGAUUUGUCGAAGGAAAUUGUUGCAUUUUCCGAUUUCAAGGAGAAAAAUCGAAAAUCCGAAUUCUAUAAUCAUAUCUGCGGACUUGAAGCUGCGGUUGGAGGUUUCGGUUGGGUUGCUGAACCAAAAACUCCUGCUCCAUUCAUCAAAGAUGCUAUCGAUACAUCAGUCUUCUACCUAAAUCGUAUUCUUAUGGAGCACAAAGGAAAAAAUGAUUUCCAUUCGGAAUGGGCUAAAUCUAUCAAAGAACUCAUGCUGAGUCUUCAUGAAUAUGUGCGACAACAUCACACGACUGGUCUUGUCUGGAAUUCGGAUCCCGGUGCGACUCCGAUGUGUAACAGGAAAAGUGGAGGAGCUCCAACGCCGCCGCCACCACCACCUCCACCAAUUUCAUUGAUUGCGCCUUCCAAGCCUUCUGGUGUCGGUGCUCUACUGGAAUCUCUCAAUACGGGAUUAUCGGCUACUAGUCGUUUGAAGAAAGUCACCCCUGAAAUGCAAACUCACAAAAAUCCGGUACUUCGUGAGGUAAAUGGACAGAUGAAUCGAAAAACUGAAGAAAGAAAGGUGAGCGAGAACAAGAAACCGGAGAAAAUUCACGAAUCGAGCAUUUUCUGGGAUGGAAAGAUUUGGAAAGUUGAUCAUCAAGUUGGUAAUAAGAAUGCCGUCGUUGAAGUUACGGAUAAGAAGGAAUCGAUUUAUAUUUACAAGUGUAACGAUUCUAUUAUCAAGAUCAAAGGAAAGGCCAACGCAAUUACAUUGGACGGAUGCCGUAAAACUUCAGUCGUAUUUGAUGGUCUUGUUGCUCAAUGUGAAAUCAUCAAUUGCCAAUCAAUUCAAAUUCAAACUCUCGGAGAACUUCCAACUGUUUCGAUUCAAAAAACCGAUGGAUGUCAUAUCUAUCUGUCACGUGAUGCUUUGAAUGCUCAAAUUGUUGCAUCCAAAUCCAGUGAGAUGAACAUCUCCGCGAUGUUGGAAGAUGGAGACGAUGAGUACACGGAAAUGGCAUUGCCAGAGCAGUUUAUGACGAAGAUUGUUGGAAAGAAGCUUGUCACUGUCGCAUCUGAAAUUGUAUAAUUAGCUUUAAAGUUUUAAUGCAUUCUCCGAAUAUCUCCCUACUAUCCCUCAUCUCUUCCUCCUGCUGGAUCUCGUUCUCCUAUCAAAAAAUAAAUUAUUUUCUGUG